AUGGCGGGCCACCUAACGUGCAGUAUAAAGGCGUUUGUGGCGUUCCUGUAUGCCGUGUACUUCGUGUACCUCCUGACUCCCCUGAUAACACGGUUGGCGCCAUUCGACAGUGCUGGGAUCACGCAGCUCAUACGAAGUGGUCUCUGCACCAGCAGUUUCACGCAAGAUUGGGCUGGGAGCGUUUGGAGCUGUAAAGACACGAGAGGUGCGAGGGACGGUUUCGUACAUGUAGAGGACGUUUCAUUCUUCACGAAUGGCGGGGCCGCCGGGGCGACGCUGGUGAGAACCACCAAAACAAAGGAUGGCGUUACCGUGGAUGAAAUACCCAGCGUCACUCACGCCGCAUACGAACUCCUCCGCAUAUGUCAGAAGGUUGAGCGGCCACUAAAGCGGCAGUCGGAGACACAAAUGCAUGGCCUCAACCUGCUCAAGGACGUAUGCCCCUUUUUGGCGGCUCAUAUCGCUAGAAACAUGCCGGACAAAACACUCGUCAGCGACACGGAUGACACCUGGGAGCUUGUUCGCGUCUUGCUGUCAACGGUCGGCAAUGUUAAGGGAGUGGCCGUGACUAAGUUCCUGUCGCGGUUGGAGGUGGCCCACGACAAGGAACACACAUCGCCUAAACAAAGGGCCGGCGACCAACACAUCAUCAACAUUAUGCGUCCAGUCGUGACGUACUUGGCGGAAAAUGCGGAGCACCGCCUUCCUGCGGAAAAGAUAACCUCCAGUAAACUGAUAAAAACACAGUCGCCACUCUCCCAUGUGGCGCAGUACGCGAUUCCGACGUUUUUGGCACCCGCCCUCGGAGGGGCGAAAGAAAGCGUCAUUAGGCUGUUUACCACAUUCCCGGAGGCAGCCGCCAUGUUCAUAUUCGCAAUACAGCGUAAACUAGCGAGUUACCCGCGCCUGGCGGCGGCGACCGUGGAGGACAGGUUGGUCCUGCUGGGGAUAUUUAUUGCUAGUUUGCAAGUCAUGACAACAACCACGUUUGACUCGCUUGACGCUUUCGCGAACAUAGCUUCCAAAACGGGCGUGGACUGGACGAGCAGGGCCCCCCUCGACGAGUUUUGGGAUCUCGUCGCUAAAGACAAGCGGUCGAGAGCCCUUGUGUUUAAUAUGCUCAGAAGAGCAGAAGCGUUAACGGUAGAUCCGGAAUUUUUCGGCGCGAUGACCUACAACGUGGAGAUUGCCGCCAGGGUCACGGAUCAUGUAUUGGCCACCUAUGGCUUGAAGGCCAACACACCACUCGAACGGUCAAGUCUGAUCGAGAAUGUAGUCUACCACAUGGUACAGAUGUGCAGGUUCUGCGUGGUCGACGCGGACAACACGGGCAACCUGUCACUGCAGGAAUUCAUCGGUACACUAAUGGGCGAGGAGGACGCGAAGGUCUUCAGAGAACACGUGAGCCAGGUGUCCGACCAACAAUACAACUUGUUUGUUCGCUACAACUUUGAUUUCAUCAACGGACGGGUUAAAAUGGCCAAGUUGCACAACAGGAAAGCCCUAGAAGCAAUCAACGAGAAGUACAACGAGGUACUAGACACCUUCAUGGUCGUCGACACCGACGCGUCGGGGGAGGUGUCCUUGGAAGAGUUUAUCCAGCACGCGUAUGUUACCACCCCGCUAACAGCACUCGACAUGACCCGAUGA